AUGGAAUAUCGUGGGUUUGGCCGCUCAGCAGAUGGAGGUAUUUCGGAGAAGUCCUUUGUUGAAGAUGCUGCUUGCGCGUAUAACUGGCUGGUGAACUACGCCUCCACGGAGAAGUCCUGCGUAGAUCCAGCGCGGCUGUUCAUAUUUGGACGGUCUCUGGGAGGAUGUGUUGCAGCUCCUCGAACCUGUGGACCUGCGGGCGCCAGACGCGUGUUUCCAGCUUGCCUGCAAACGCAAAGGCCUGGAGAAAAGCAGCCUUUGCCACUGCCAGCAGGUGUCCUCAUCGAGAACUCACCUUCCUGCAUAGCAGACAUGGCGAUGCACCUCAUGCCUUUCUUGAGGAUUCUUCCGCGAAGGCUUCUGUCGUGGCCUGUGCUUCUGGAUGAGUGGCGAAGCAAUGAUUGGCUGAACUGGAUUGGCAGCGCUCUUUCCAGCCAGAAGAAAUCCUUGCGCAUUUGUUUGCUCUCGGCUGCUCAUGACAAGGUGGUGCCUGCAUCUUGCAUGGAGGAGUUGCGGGACGUGGGAGGAAAGCACAAGAGCCUGGACAUUUCCUUCCACAGCUUCCAAAGGGGCGAACACAUGAGCACUUACCUUCUUGCUGGUGAUCGUUACUGGCAAGCGCUGAGAAACUUCAUCAACUGA